GAUGGUUAGACUAAAGUUAGCACACAGAGGGUGGUAUAUAAGACCACAGAAAGGCACCACAUUUCAUGUCAGUGACAUCCGUGUGGUGUGGAGUUGUCUUUUGACCCAUCCCUAAAACUUUGAAAGAUGGCACCCAAGAAGGCUAAGAGGAGGCAGCAGGCAGAAGGAGGCAGUUCUAAUGUUUUCUCUAUGUUUGAACAGAGCCAAAUCCAGGAGUACAAAGAGGCAUUCACAAUCAUUGACCAAAAUAGGGAUGGUAUCAUCAGCAAGGACGAUUUGAGAGAUGUGUUGGCUUCCAUGGGUCAGCUAAAUGUGAAAAACGAAGAGUUGGAAGCCAUGAUCAAGGAGGCAAGUGGCCCAAUCAACUUCACGGUUUUCCUCACUAUGUUUGGUGAGAAGCUUAAAGGCGCAGACCCCGAGGAUGUUAUUGUGAGUGCUUUCAAAGUUUUGGACCCAGAAGGAACUGGUACAAUCAAGAAGGAAUUCCUUCAGGAACUCUUGACCACCCAGUGUGACAGAUUUACUCCAGAAGAGAUAAACAACCUCUGGGCUGCCUUCCCCCCAGAUGUGGCCGGCAAUGUAGACUACAAAAACAUCUGCUAUGUCAUUACACACGGAGAGGAGAAAGAGGAAGAAUAAAAUUAUCUAAUAAACAAUCUAUCUACCUCACUCAUUACUGCCCUCAUAUCAUGUCAUUACCUGAUUGCCCAUUUGUUCUCUGAAAGAAAGUUUUUUUUUCUUAACCUUCCUCUGGAGGGUAUUGGCAUUUGAGUUUUCUGAAUGUAAGUCACAUGGCGCAUAUGGGAUUAUUUUCAAUAAAAUAAUCUAUUCUAAAAUCAUGGCAAGAGAACAUUUCUAAAAUAAAGGGAUAUAUAUACUUGAUCAGUGCCUCCCACUUACUUUCUUGGAGAAUGAAGGAAAGAUUUAUGGUAUCAUCACAAAGAAAGACAGAAGAGGAAUGGGAAAAAAACAAGACUUUUCCUCCCUCUUCACAGCUCCAUUCCAAAGUCCUAUUUUUCUUUCACUAUUCUUUCCUAUCUACAUCUCUUUCUCCCAGACUGCAUGUAACUCACAGCAACCUAUAAAUAAAAUGCCAUCUUUCUUA